UCAGGCUGUGUUUUGACGUCGCUCCGUGUCUCUGGCUGCGCCAUCAACCGGAAAGACAGAAGAGGGAAGACAGAAUAAGGGUUGUUGUCACAUUUAACACAGGCUGAUCUUCAUCAUGGCAUUGAGAAACGCUGUGUGCCGUCUCUUGGUCAAUCCUCACAGAUGUGCCAUCAUCUCAGCUUCCAGAGCACAGGGAACUGCAGCAGCUGCCAGAUUGGAUGCAGAGAAGAGUGAGCAGAAAUCUAAAGCACCUAAAGUCCAGUUCAACUGGCGUGAUGCCCUGGACCUGGAGGGCCAGCUGACGGAGGAGGAGAUCAUGAUCAGAGACUCCUUCCGGACCUACUGCCAAGAGAAACUCAUGCCUCGCAUCCUUAUGGCGAACAGAAAUGAAGUGUUCCACAGAGAGAUUGUGUCAGAGAUGGGAGAGAUGGGAGUCCUGGGCCCGACCAUUAAAGGUUAUGGCUGUGCUGGGACGAGCUAUGUGGCCUACGGUUUGAUCGCCAGAGAGGUGGAGAAAGUGGACAGCGGCUAUCGCUCAGUCAUGAGUGUGCAGUCGUCACUGGUCAUGCACCCCAUUAAUGCCUACGGUACAGAAGAGCAGAAAGAGAAGUACCUCCCCAAGCUGGCUAGUGGAGAGAUUCUGGGCUGCUUUGGCUUGACGGAGCCGAACCACGGCAGUGACCCAGGCAGCAUGGAAACCAGAGCCAAGUACAAUCAAUCCAGUCGCACCUACACUCUCACCGGCUCAAAGACCUGGAUCACCAACUCUCCGGUGGCAGAUAUCGCUGUAGUCUGGGCCAAAUGUGACGACGGAAAGGUCCGCGGCUUCAUCUUGGAGCGUGGCAUGAAGGGCUUCUCAACACCUAAGAUUGAGGGAAAGUUCUCCCUGAGAGCCUCCGCCACCGGCAUGAUCAUCAUGGACGAGGUGGAGGUUCCUGAAGAGAACCUGCUGCCUAAAGUCUCCGGCCUCGGGGGUCCUUUUGGCUGCCUGAACAACGCUCGUUACGGUAUCGCAUGGGGCGCUCUGGGUGCUGCAGAGUUCUGUUUCCACGCAGCUCGACAGUACACACUCGACAGAAUCCAGUUUGGCGUGCCGCUGGCAAGGAAUCAGCUGAUGCAGAAGAAAAUGGCCGACAUGCUGACAGAGAUCACCAUCGGCCUCCAGUCCUGUCUGCAGCUGGGAAGACUAAUCGAUGCUAAAAGAGCGGCCCCAGAGAUGAUCUCCAUGCUGAAGAGGAACAGCUGCGGUAAAGCCCUCGACAUUGCCCGGCAGGCCAGAGACAUGCUGGGAGGAAACGGCAUCGCGGACGAGUACCACAUCAUCCGCCACGUCAUGAAUCUGGAGGCUGUCAACACAUACGAAGGUACCCAUGACAUCCACGCCCUGAUCCUGGGCAGAGCCAUCACAGGACUGCAGUCCUUCACUGUGGACAAAUAGACCCGACAACAGGAACCUGCUGCUCAUGAAGUGUCACUCACAUGUCAACUCUGCGGCAGCUCUGAGAUCAUUAUGAUGAAUCCUUAUCCAUGUAGUGACGAUGUUCGUUGUCACUCAGGCUAAUAGAAUAUAUAAUUGAGUUCUUUGUUUUCAGAGAAGAUACACAUUUUAAGUGUGAAUGUGUAAUUAGUGUAAGUAAUUCAGAAGUUGAUUUUUCAACUUAAGAAGGGCUAUUUUUCUACCAUCACAACACUACAGCAGAGACGUCUCUCAGCUCCCUGUUUCCCAUCUGUAUAGACAGAGUGUAUAGGCUGAAGUAUCGACACUUCUAAAGGAGGUCGAGAUCCAGAUUCACUGCUGGUUACUAAUGUUUGCAACGUCGAUACUGUAAUUAUAAAACAACAAAGCAUUAAUGUCCGCCACUUCUUUGGACCUGCAUGUGCAGCUUUUUUGUUUAUAAUUUGAUCAAAUGACACAAACGUUCCCUCUGUAUAAUUGGUGUAAAAUGUAACAUCAUUGACAACAUCAGUUACUGCUGUCUUGCACUUUUCUGGCUCUGUCACUAAGGUGUCAUAACGUUGCAUGGUUUGCUUGAGGUCAAGGAUGUUGAUCAGAGCUGUAAUGAAUAAAGAUUAUUUAAGUAUUUCAAA